AUGAAGGACCCGGUCUCGCAUCAGGCGCCGAAAGUUAUCAAGAAGCUACAGUUCAGUCUUCUCAAUAACCAGGACACGGUCAAGAUCUCAGAGUUUGAGGUCACACAUCGAGACCUUUACACAGCAGUCGACCGGCAUCCAGUGAAGAACGGUGUUCUCGAUCGGCGUCUGGGUACGACAGAGAAGAACGCGUUCUGCGAAACCUGCGGACUGUCUUCCGUAGACUGUGUUGGACACUACGCCUACAUCAAGCUCUGCGUGCCCGUAUUCCAUAUCGGCUACUUCAAGCAUACCAUCAGUAUCCUGCAAUGCAUUUGCAAGACAUGCGCGCGUGUUCUCAUAGAGGAACCGGAUAGACGUGUAUAUCUGAAGCGCUUUCGCCGCCCGAACCUCGAGAACAUUCAGCGCCAAGCACUCUGCAAGGCCGUCAACACGUUGGCGCGGAAGACCGUGUACUGUCCGUACUGUGCAGCGACGAACGGCACGGUCAAGAAGGCAGGAGCUCUGAAGAUCAUCCACGACAAGUUCCGAGCGAAGAAGACGGCGGAGGAGAUGGAGCGGUUCAAGACGACGUUCGCGUCCGCGGUGGAGGCGCAGAAGGAGCUCGGGAUGUACGUCAACAAGGCGGUGCACGAGGACCUGAACCCGUUGAAGGUGCUGAACUUGUUCAAGCGCAUAUCGGACGAGGACUGCGAACUGCUUGGUUUGCGCCCGCAGUAUGGUCGCCCGGAAGAGUACAUCUGGCAGUAUAUCUCGGUACCACCCGUCUGCAUCCGGCCGUCCGUCGCUCAAGACGGCGCGUCUAACGAGGACGAUCUCACUGUCAAACUCACCGAGAUCGUCUUCAGCAAUGUGCUCAUCAAGCAGGGACUCGCGAAAGGUGCUCCGACAGCACAGUUCAUGGAACAAUGGGAGUUCCUGCAGCUCUCCGUCGCCAUGUACAUCAACUCCGAACUGCCUGGUGUCCCGUCACAAUUAGGCCAGAAGCCCAUUCGUGGCUUCUGUCAGCGACUGAAGGGCAAGCAAGGUCGCUUCCGAGGCAAUCUCUCAGGGAAACGAGUUGACUUCUCUGGACGUACCGUCAUCUCUCCCGAUCCGAACUUGCGUAUCGAUGAGGUCGCAGUUCCCGAGCGUGUUGCGAAGAUCUUGACGUAUCCGGAGCGAGUCACCGCGCACAACAUCGAUAUGUUGCAGAAGGCGAUUCGGAACGGAUGCGACGUCCACCCCGGUGCUAACUAUGUCACCGCCGCAAGCAAUGGCUUCAAGAAGUAUCUGAAGUUCGGUAACAGAGCUGCUAUCGCAGACGGCUUGAGAAUCGGCGAUGUUGUCGAGAGGCAUGUCAUUGAUGGUGAUAUCGUGCUAUUCAAUCGACAGCCCAGUCUGCACAAACUGUCUAUCAUGUGUCAUCGGGUCAAAGUUCGCCCAUGGCGAUCGUUCCGGCUGAACGAAUGUGUUUGUGGACCCUACAACGCUGAUUUCGAUGGUGACGAGAUGAACCUUCAUGUGCCGCAGACCGAAGAGGCCCGUACAGAAGCACUUGAGCUCAUGAGCGUGAAACACAACUUGGUCACGCCAAGAAACGGCGAACCCGUCAUUGCCGCUAUUCAGGACUUCAUCACCGCCUCUUUCCUCAUCUCGCGGAAGGACACUUUCUUCGACCGCCGUCAGUUCACUCAGAUCUGUUCGUACUUCGGCGAUGCCAAUAUGCACAUCGACAUCCCACCACCGACCAUCUGGAAGCCCGUGCGCCUGUGGACGGGCAAACAGAUCUUCAACGUUCUCAUGCGCCCGAACAAGCAGUCCAAGGUCCUCGUGAACGUCGAAAGCAAGUGCAACAAGCAGGAGAAGCCUAGUGCAUCGUGCUACCCAAGCAUUAAGAACCCUGCACCGGAUCUUUCGCCCAAUGACGGUUGGCUGGUGAUCGUGAACAGCGAGAUCAUGUGCGGCGUCAUGGACAAAGCCACAGUCGGUAGCGGUAAAAAGAAGUCCGUCUUUGGUAUCAUCAUGAGGGACUACGGGCCGCAUGAAGCUGCUGCCGCCAUGAACAGACUCGCCAAGCUGUGCGCUCGAUGGUUAGCGAACUAUGGAUUCUCCCUCGGCAUCAACGAUGUCAUCCCGGGGCCGAAGCUAUCCAGGGAGAAAGAAGAUCUCGUAGCCACAGCGUACGCGGAAUGUCAAGACUUAAUUACGCGAGCCAAGAAGGGUCUGCUCGAGAACAAACCUGGUUGUAACCAGGAACAGACCCUGGAAGCCAUGAUUUCCGGCGUAUUGUCCAAGGUCCGAGACAAGGUCGGCGAGAUUUGUCUGAAGGAGCUGAGUCGGCAUAACGCUCCGUUGAUCAUGGCAACAUGUGGUUCGAAAGGUUCCGUCAUCAACGUCGCCCAGAUGGUUGCUUGCGUCGGCCAGCAGAUCAUUGCAGGUCAUCGUGUGCCGGAUGGUUUCCAAGAUCGUUCACUACCGCACUUCCCCAAGAAGUCGAGGGAGCCUCCGUCUAAGGGCUUCGUCCGGAACAGUUUCUACACAGGACUGUCUCCAACAGAGUUCCUAUUCCACGCCAUCUCUGGUCGUGAAGGUCUGGUUGACACAGCUGUCAAGACUGCAGAGACUGGCUACAUGCAACGGCGUCUGAUGAAAGCUCUGGAGGAUCUAGUCACGCAUUACGACUCGUCAGUGCGGAAUGCGGUCGGCGGUGUGGUGCAAUUCCGGUAUGGUGAUGACGGACUUGACCCCGCAUGCCUCGAGGGUGAUGCUCAGCCUGUUGAGUUCUUGCGCGCAUGGAGUCAUGCUUCGUCAAUUGGAUCUCGCCACACACGUGGCUUGUUGCCGUUCGAGAUCAUGGAACGCGUUGACAAGGAGCUGUCAAAACGGAAGUUCACGAGUGAAUGUACGGCGGCUUAUAUAGCGACUAUUCGUGGUUUCAUUUCCGAGCACAUUGCACACAAGCUCGCUGAUAUUCGGAGAGAGCAUGGCAUGUUUGAUGCUUUGGAGCGCGACGAUGAGUGGGAUGCAGACACAGAUCUCACCAUGGGCGCGUCCGAUGCCGACAAGGCUGUUGUCAACAACAAGCUAAAGGUGACUGAGGAUCAACUGCGAGCCUUCUUGGAGGUUUGCUGGACGAAAUACGUCAAGGCUAAGAUCGAACCAGGCUCAACCGUCGGAGCUGUAGGCGCGCAGUCCAUUGGUGAGCCCGGGACGCAAAUGACGUUGAAGACGUUCCACUUCGCUGGUGUCGCCUCCAUGAACGUCACCCUCGGUGUCCCCCGUAUCAAGGAAAUUAUCAAUGCUGCAAAGGCUAUCAGUACUCCUAUCAUCAGUUGUAAGCUGGUGACUGCUGACAACGAAGCGUCUGCUCGCAUCGUCAAAGGGCGAUUGGAGAAGACACUUCUUGGCGACAUCGCCGCGGUGCUUGAGGAAGCUUGGGCUCCGGAGUACACUUACAUAGGUAUCAUCGUCGACACGAAGACCAUCCAAGACCUUCAGCUUGAAAUGGUCCUGGAUGAUAUCAAAUGGGCCAUCGUGAACACGAGGAAGCUGAAGGUCAAACAAGAGUCGAUUACUGUCAUACCGCGCAAAAAUCGUUUGCGCGUUUAUGUUGAUGGUAUAGACAAGUACUAUCGCUUACGUGAAUUGAAGAGGGUACUCCCAGAUGUCGUCGUGAAGGGUGUACCCACCAUCCGACGUGCUAUCAUUAACCUCAAGGAGGACGACGACCACCGCGGCAAGAAGGGCGAUAAAGAGCUGCUUGUCGAGGGUUAUGGUCUCCAGAAGGUCAUGACCACGCAAGGUAUUGUCGGCGAACAUACAACCUCCAACCACAUCAUCGAGGUUGCGCAGGUCCUGGGUAUCGAGGCUGCAAGGCGAACUAUCAUCAACGAAAUUCAGUACACGAUGUCAAGUCACGGUAUGAGUAUCGAUCCUCGACACGUCAUGCUGCUAGGAGAUGUCAUGUCGUAUAAGGGCGAAGUACUGGGCAUCACACGAUUCGGCGUGGCUAAAAUGAAGGACAGCGUGCUCAUGCUGGCGUCAUUCGAGAAGACGACAGACCACUUAUUCGACGCUUCUGCGUAUGGGAAGACUGAUAGUAUUGCCGGCGUGUCGGAAAGCAUCAUCAUGGGCAACCCCGCUGCAAUGACGGGUACUUCCAUGCCCGCCCUGGUGAUGCCAGCUCCAGCCAUCAGCAAGCCACGAAAACUGCUCUUCGAGGGAGCACUAUGA